ACUAUUGACCAAAAUCCAUCAUCAGGACAGUAAACCCAGAAGACAAUCUACGUUAUUUUCUGAAGCAUUUAUUGGACUCUAAAAGAAGGAUUGAUACAUGGAAAACAAGAACAGGUGCACAAUAAUAACCAUUGUGCCAUAAGAGAUAAACAAGCAACAGUUCCCCAUUUAUAUACUGAUAUAAGCACACCUGUACUUGAUGAACAGUAGAAUCAGUUAACAACAGUGUUCUGAAAUCUGAUACAGUUUUUACUGUGAAAAAUAUAUUUUAGUUGACGUCCCUGAAGUAAUUUUGCCCCAAUGUAAAAAAUGACAGAAAAGAAGAGAAAACACAAUAGCAAAAAUUUUAAACUCAUAGAGAUCAAGAGAGCGUUAGUUGGUACAAAAGAAAAGAAAAAAAGGAAAAAAAGAUAUUUAGAAGAGAAAAAUAAGCACUCAUGCAAUUAUGAUACUGCAACAUGCACAGAAUGCAUAUGAAGUUUUAAGUAACAGUGGGGAUGGCAUUGUGUUUGGUGGUGCACUACUAAUACUUCUACUAUUACCAGUACUUUAUUUUAUCAAUUUACGUCCAGACAAUCAUAAUUAUAAAAGAAAUAUCAGAAAACUUGGAAAUGAUGAUAGGAAUAAGGUUGACUGGAGUGGAACAGAGCUUGGUACCAUAAACAAUUUGAAGUGUUUGGAGAAUUUUAACAGCAUUAGGGUUCUUGAUGUGUCAAGAAACAAAAGAACAUGUCUUCCUAAAACACUUCCACCACUAUUGGAAACACUUCACUUGGGAUGGAACAGACUCUCUAAGUUGCCUGUCUCUGUUACAAAACUAGAGAAAUUGACAUGGCUUCAUGUUGCCAAUAACCCAAUCAAGAAAAUUCCCAAGCGUAUUAAAAGAUUGACAAAUCUCCAACAGUUUUUUGUUUGGAGUUGUGGUAUAGAGAAAGUACCUGAUGAAAUUGGGAAUCUUGGAAAUCUAGAAGUUCUAGAUGUAAGUCACAAUGCAAUCACACACUUUCCUAGAGGUGUCUUAAAGCUCCAAAAUCUGAAAUGGUUAGACAUAAAUAACAACAGGCUUACUGAAAUUCCAGAACAAAUUGCAAGCCUGCAAUUUCUUGAAUCACUUCGCAUCCACAAAAAUAUGUUGGAAACCAUUCCUGAUGCUGUUGGACGUUUAUCAAAUCUUACAGAACUGAAUGUCUCAAACAACCAACUUACAGCAAUUCCUGUCUUCAUUGUGGAUAAUUUGACCAAGUUGAAGAUUUUUGAUAUCCGUCACAACCAAAUUACACAUUUGCCAUCGUUGCAAAAGCUUGUGCAGCUGAAGAAGUUUGAUUUUGUUAAAAACCCACUUCAAGAACCUCCUCUUGAGGUUUGUGAGCUUGGUGUGGAAGCCAUUUUGCAGUACCAACAUGAUAUGAAACUUUAUGAUCGUAUAGGGGCAAGGUAUGGCAGGAGGCAGGUAGUAUUUGUGGUUGGAGAGUCUGAAGUUGGGAAAACCAGUUUUUGUGAAAGUCUGAGACUUUGUCACGCUUUUGUUACUGAAAGGGGAGACUACACUACAGUUGUAAAUGAAUCCUUUAUUAGUGAUGGAAACACAGUGUUUAAUUUUUGGGACUUUGGUGGCCAUGAAAUGUAUAAAGUUAUAUGCCCGUUGCUUCUUAGACAAAAUGCAGUGGUGAUUUUGAUGUUUGACCUCUCGAAGUAUGAUUGUACAUGUACCACGAAUGCCUAUCUUAACAGCAUUGGCUUUUGGAUCCUCAAAUUGCAGUCUCGAAUCCCAGGUGUGAAGGUUAUGAUUGUAGGUUCAAAAUCUGAUUUACUCACCAAGGAAGAGAUCAAAAGUAGGAUUCAGCAUGUCACAGAGAGGGUGAAUCACUACCAGGAACAAGUGUACAAAAAGAACAUUGGUCGCAAACUGAAGGAAGUUGAAACUCAACUUAAAAGCAAACGCAUUUGGAAAAGAGAAGAGCGCCAAAAGCUUGAAAUGAAAAGGAAGAGUCUGGAGAAUAAACUAGACAACAUGCUUUGCAUUAAUAAGAAAUUUUUUACCAUAAGCUCUUUGAAGUACCAUGGGAUUCUUGAAAUCAGAAAGGAACUCCAAGGCAUAGCUAAUGAAAAUGCCCUGCUGCUGCCACCCAAUUGGGUAGAGUUUGCAGAUGAGGUCAUGAAGCACAAGACCAAAGCACAGACAGAAGGGAAUUUAAAACCCCAGUCGCUGCACAUGUCUGUUGGAGAUGCCUACAGAAUAUGGGAACAUUGUAAUGGAUACAGAACAACCCAACGCACCUGGUUUCAACCCUUAAAAGAUGCUUUUGACACUGUCUCUAAAUUCAUAAAAACGCACAGUAAGAAAAAGGCCUUUGAGACCCAGUUGGAUUUUCUUCACAAAUGGGGUUGUAUAUUGUGGCAUAGACAAAACUCCAGACUUUGUGACUCAGUUAUCCAUGACACUGGCCGAAUGAUAGAUUUCCUAAAAAGGGUGUUCGAUUACAAACUUUUUGAAACCCUGAAAGAAGAGAAGGCCAGGGGAUUGUACACCUGCACAAAGACACGGUUUGACAGAGAAAUGCAUCUGCUUAAGAAAGGUGUUCUGAUUCCAAGACUGAUGGCCAACAUUCUUGCUGAUUUUGAAGAUAAUGAACAGGACUUUUUGUUCUCACUCCUGCAGGAGUUCGACCUUUGCUACCAAGUUCGCUUUGGCAAGGGCACUCAAGGGCUGUAUUUUCCAUGGUACCUUUUCAAGCAAGAAGAACCUGAAGACCUGCCACAUGUCUGGCCCAGUGUUCUAGAAGAUGACCAGAUUCAACUCCAAGUGGAGUUCCAUUUCCUCAUUGUGGUCCCCAUAAGUUAUUUUGAAAAGCUUCAGGGCCGACUCCACUGCCGUGGCUGUUCAUUUGAGGACUCCCAGCGAAGAGACUGGUGCAAUGGAAUGUUCACCCGGUAUGGCAGCUCUAGAAUUUUGAUCAGACGGGAUCAGGGCGACAAUGAGGGAAAGAUCGAGGUUGCAGUGAGGGGCAAGAUUGUGGACUUUGAAGACCUGUGGAAAAUUCUUUGCUGGAUAUAUACAGAAGUGCAGGACCUGUUGACAGAAUAUCCAGGGGAGACAGCGGACGUCAUCUACCUGUGUCCUGCCUGCAUAAAGGAGGGGUCGAAGGAGCCUUUAACAAUACCCUGGGAUACAGUCACAACCCUGCCAGCUUUUGCCAGCUUUCGCCACUGUAUCAUGAGUAACACGGUUGCAUGUCAUGGUCAGGCAAAUGCUCCCCAAAUCCCUGCUGCUUUUCACUACCCUGUGCUUAGUUCAAAAGGCUGCUGUAAACAACUGAGAGAAUAUGAGAAGAUUUGUAAGAAGAAAUGUGCUCAAAAAGACCAGGUUAAGAAAGGCUGUAUCAGGAAAAAGAAUUCAAAAAGAGGGAAGAAGGCUACAGUGGUGAAUUUGAAGGAAGAACACCAUCAUCAGCAUAAUGAAACCAUCAACAUUUCUGGUAGCAAUGGAGUUCAUAUUGGUGAUACAAACAUUACCAAUGUUCAGCAAUCAGAAGUGACCACAAGUUAAUACUAGUAGAUGCACACCUUUAUUACCAUGCACAAUGAUUUUUUUAUUAUUAUUUCAUUUUAAUGUUAUGACUAAGUCACUACGUACAGUGUAUGCCCAAGUAUAUGUGCGAGUAUAUGCACUGUUUUCAGUACUGUAUGAUGACUUUGUGGACAUUUCUAACUAUUACGUACUGUAGCAUUCCUUUCUGUUACUGUAAAUGAGGAGGUACAGGGUGUGUUCAUGUAUGAGAGAAACAUAACUGACAAAGUGACAGAAGAGUACUAAGUACAGCUCAGUUUUUGGUGAAAGCACAUGUUGGACGUACAUCCUAUAUGUAGAAAACAUGACUUGUUUAACCAUGUUAUGGUCUUUGUGUGUGUGUGUGUUUGUGUGUGGUCUUAGUCAAUAGCUAUUUUUAUAGGACACAUAUAAAAGACGUGUAUAAAAAGUAUUUUGGAAAGUCUAUAUGUAUACACAUUUAAUGCUCAAGCAUAAGUAUCAUUAAAAAAUUGUUAUUGAAUCAUCAUUUUCAUCAAGGGUACGUGUUCUUCAGUGUUUUGAACUUUCAUAGGCACAUGAACAUUGCAGCAUGCCAGUGAACACUAGCAGUCUAGCAGUUACAAAGAGUACAUGAAAUUUUUCCUUACAGUACAUGACUGGCAUUUUUUGAUAUAUUUUUGUUUGUGAUUUUUUUAUUGAGAGGGGCCUGAAUUUUUCAAUCAAUGCAGAAGGGGAUUCCAAAAUGUGAAUGCUAUCGGGGGAUCUUAAUGUUUUUUUUUUUUUUUUUGUUUUUAAAUCACAGUCCUUCCUGACUUAAAUGAUAAUUGGUCUGGCCCUAACUGUGCUUCAUAAGUCUCAUAUGAUUUGUAUGUGCUUUGAAUGCAAGAUAAACUUUUAUCAUGAAAAGAAAAUAUUGGAAUAAUUCUUGGAGGUUUAUGACUUAUAAUGCUAAGGUACUUUUUCUAUGCAUGAAUGAAAUUUAAAAAUUAUUACAAAUACUUAAGUAUGAAAAUUACUUUGCUUAAAGACGAAUAAGAAGGGUGAAAUUUAAAGUGGGCAUUAAGUGAUGAUUUGACUCCUAAACACCAGCAAAUAUGCAACACA